AUCAUUCAUUCAUUUCAGAUUUACUCGUCAAGGCAUAUGUAAAUUUUUAAUAAAUUUUAAUUUACAAAUCGUCAAUUAUGGAAGAUACUAAAGAUUUUGAACCACUAGAACCUUCGUUGAAAAAUGUUAUCGAUCAAAAGUCGUUAAGGUGGAUUUUCGUUGGAGGGAAAGGCGGAGUUGGGAAAACUACGUGCAGUUGCAGUCUCGCAGUUCAGCUGUCGAAAGUUCGCGAAUCUGUGUUAAUCAUAUCAACUGAUCCUGCCCACAAUAUCUCUGAUGCAUUCGACCAGAAAUUUUCUAAAGUACCAACAAAGGUUAAAGGGUUUGACAACCUAUUCGCUAUGGAGAUUGAUCCGAAUGUUGGAUUAACAGAGCUGCCUGAAGAAUAUUUUGAAGGAGAAUCUGAGGCUAUGAGAUUGGGCAAGGGUGUCAUGCAAGAGAUUGUUGGAGCUUUUCCUGGUAUUGAUGAGGCUAUGAGCUAUGCUGAGGUGAUGAAACUAGUAAAAGGCAUGAACUUUAGUGCUGUAGUGUUCGAUACUGCACCGACUGGACAUACUCUCAGACUUCUAUCAUUCCCGCAAGUUGUAGAACGAGGUCUCGGCAAGCUGAUGCGUUUGAAGUCAAAGGUUGCCCCCUUCAUCAAUCAAAUUGCGUCACUGUUUGGACUAGCAGAUUUCAACUCGGACAUGUUCAGCAACAAAAUGGAUGAGAUGUUAUCAGUUAUCAGACAAGUGAAUGCACAGUUCAAAGACCCGAAUCAAACUACAUUUGUGUGUGUUUGUAUCGCCGAGUUCCUAUCGCUUUACGAAACCGAACGUUUAGUUCAAGAAUUAACGCGAUGUGGAAUCGAUACACAUAAUAUUAUAGUUAAUCAGUUGCUGCUUCGUUCAUCUGCUCCUUGUGAACUAUGUGCAGCCAGGCAUAAGGUCCAAGAAAAAUAUCUGGAGCAAAUUGCAGACUUGUAUGAAGACUUCCAUGUGACAAAGCUACCGUUGCUGGAAAAGGAAGUCCGAGGAGCUUCCGCUGUAAAUGCAUUUUCAGAACUUCUCUUGAAGCCUUACGAUCCUCCUACAUCCUCCACGUGAAACCUAUACUUUCCAUCACCAAUGUUAAGGACGUUAUUAUUACGAACAUGUUCUAUUUGAUGGUGAUGUUAAAUACAAAUUAUUGGUAUGGGUGCUUUCACAUUACAAGUGAAAUAUAGCUGUGACUAUUUUUUUCAACUUUUCGGCUUCACAGAAAUAAGAUAUUUAAAUGUUUCAGCAUUGUCAACUAUUUAUAAAUGUAUAGUAUUCAGAAAUAAAAUU